ACUUUGUCUCUCACUGUGUGAGAGAGAGAGAGAAACCAAUUUGGUGAAAUUGGUGUAUUUAUUAUUAUUUAAUGUGAAGAGCAAUGGUGUCCGAUCAAGAGAUAGCAAAAGGGAUUCAGAUUCUUCUCACCCAAUCUCACCCCAAAUCAUUCACUACUCUCGAUCAUGUUGUCAAUCAGCUUGGUGAAAAACUAGGGUUUGAUUUGUCUCAUAAGGCAGCUUUCAUUCGUGACCAAAUCAACCUACUCCUCUUCCACUCCCACUCCCAAUUCCGCAACCCUCCACCGCCGCCCCAACCCUCCGUUCCUUCACCGGUGACCACCUCUGCGAUACCUAAAGACCAAUUUUCCUUCCAACAUCAACAACCCCAAUUUCAUUUCAACCAACAACAGCCUCAUGCGCCUCCUCCUCUUCGGCCUCAAUAUCACCAUUCUCAUUUUCCCUUUGAACAUCAAGAACAACGCCCGAGACACCCAGUUGAGCUUAACUUCGGUAACCCCGAGGCGCCGCCUCCAGAGCAGUCACGAGUGCAGACAUUACCGGAGGUGAAAUAUGAAGGUUUCCCCAUUCAAAAUGCGGUUUGGAAAUCGCCCGAAAAGAUCAAGAAAGGGCCUUCAGCCAACAAAAGAAGAGGUGGGCCAGGGGGGCUAAAUAAGCUCUGUGGUAUUUCACCUGAGCUACAAGUGAUUCUAGGCAAAUCAUCCUUAUCAAGAACCGAUAUUGUGAAGCAACUAUGGGCCUACAUAAAGAAAAACAACCUCCAAGAUCCUGGAAACAAGAGAAAGAUAAUUUGUGAUGAUGCUUUACGUGUUGUUUUUGAAACCGAUUCCACUGAUAUGUUUAAGAUGAAUAAGUUGCUUGCUAAACAUAUCAUCCCACUUGAACCUACAAGUAAACUUGCCCAAAAUAUAAUAUUUUUUCUACAAUUUGUUUCUUUAUUUAAUUUAAAUUACAAAAAUGUUGACUUUUCAGAGGCAUCAUCUCGUAGGAAACCAAAAGUGAAGGUUGAAAGUAGUGAUUUUGUUCCAUGUCAAGUUAUAAUUUCUGAAUCACUUGCAAAUUGUUUGAAUAUGCAAGAAAGACAAAUGUCUCAAUCAGAGGCUUUGAGACUUGUUUGGGAGUAUAUAAAGGUCAAUAAUCUUGAGGAUCCUGAAAAUCCUGUGAUGAUAAUAUGUGAUGCAAAGCUUAUGGAGAUUUUUGGAUGUGAAAGCAUUUCCGCAAUGGAAAUACCCGAAUUGUUAGUCAAACAACAUUUACUAAUCCAAUGAUCUGUGUUGACUGGUAUACAAGCGAUUCACUAACUAAUGAUUUAUGGUGUUCUUUGACUUAGUGAAGAAAAGUUAGUAGAUUUAUGUUUGAUUUUGUUGUUUUAUUCUGUCCAUGUGGUUUCUAAUAGUGUUUUAUAACCCCUUUGUAAAAAAUGUCUAACCUUGACAACAAUUUUCAUGGUUUGCAAUGACUUUUAACUACGUUUCAUUCUCUUCAA